CACAACAACAACACAAUUGUAAUGAAUAGAUGACGUUUUCAGUACAAACAUGUAUAUUUAUCAUGCAGUAGUAUUACUAUAGAAUAAAUUUGAAUGAUGCAACUCUGUAUCUGUACGACCAAUGAAAAUAUCGAUAAAUUGUACGUAUAAUUACUAGACUGGCGGAUACUUGUACCACUAUAUCAGAGACAUAUCUCUGACUAUAUAUAUUCAAGCUAUCGUGAACUGUUCAGUUCUAUUAAACUUUAAAAUAUAGAAAAUGAGUAAUACGGUUUUAGAAUCUUUGAUCGACAUGGAAAGCAGUAUAUGGGUAUUUGGUUACGGAUCUCUUACUUGGAAACCAAAUUUUAUUUACAAAUCAAAGGAAAUAGGAUAUAUUCAUGGUUAUCAAAGAAGAUUCUGGCAGGGAAAUGUAACUCAUAGAGGAACCGUUAAUAAGCCUGGUCGGGUUGCCACUUUGAUCAGGUCGGAGAAGGAUGAUGUUUGGGGAGUCGCAUAUAAAAUUGAUGGCAGAAAUCAUAUCCUGAAAGCAUUGAGUUAUCUAAAUAAAAGAGAAAGUAAAUUGGGAGGCUACAACACCGUAGUUGAAAAUUUCUUUGCUCGAAAUCAAGAAAUCCGAAAAGUACUUGUGUAUACAGCAACCACCGAGAACGAACAUUACUUAGGACCAUGUAAUAUGGCUACAAUGGCCACGGAAAUAAUGUCAGCUAACGGAGAGGCGGGUAGUAAUACUGAAUAUGUGACGCGUCUUGCUGAAUACGUACGAAAAAACAUUCCAGAAGAAAAGGACCUACAUUUGUUCACUUUGGAAAAAUACAUACUGUACCUGACACAGCGUAGAAAUGUGAACCACCAUGUUAAUGACACUGUCAUACCUAUGACAUAUGAUCGGUUAAUCGGUGAAAUCAGAACUUAACGGGGAGUUGAAUCUGCCAAUUGUGUUCAAAUAUUUAAAAUUCCGGUGCUAGAUAAUGAGUGCAAUGGUUGUUAACAUAUUAAGUUGGUGCUAGACAUUAUGGGCAAUAGCUAUUUACUGGCAUAGGAAGCCGAAGCUUGAAAUCAAAUGCAAUGGUUGCUAACGUAGAAAGCCGAUGCUAAACAAUAAGUGCAAUGGUUGUUAACGCUUCUCUGUAUCAUUUAUUUCAGAGAAGCUUAUUUAUAUGGGCAUUUGUAUCUUUUUUCAUUUUCGAAAAAAAAAUAUUUGUAACAAUUUGACUGUUCAAUUUUACAUGAAUUUGAUUGUUUCUACAACUUACUUGUAAUUCGUUUAUAUGUCACUUGUUUAUUGAUCAAAAGCAUUUUCGUGGUAUGAAUCUUGCCUUUUAUAAAAAUUUUAUGUAAUACAUUUAUUUUCUAUUU